UACGGAAGAAGAACAUGUAAUCGAACUAGGACUUGUACUUGUCCUACAGAUGCCGGAGAUUCGCAAUGUGUUGGAGCAUCAAUUCAACAUAAAUCUGAGCAAUGUUGUCGAUUAAAAGAAGAAGAGUGUCCCCCUAAAGGUGACCCAGGGUAUGGAGGAAACCCUCUAACAUCUUGCUGUAUGGACGGGAAGUGGUACGUCCCUCUUGGCGGAGGAGAUUACACCGUUAGAGAAGUGUCUGAUGACAAACCAAUACCAAUGAAAUGUGAUCCUACCUUUAAUUUUACAAUAUCUAAUUAUAACAAUUGCCGUUGUUUGCCUCCAAGUGGAGACGAAGGUACGUGUGAAUGGACUGAGUGGGGUGAAUGGAAAUUCAGCUCAUGUAUGCAGUCAGAUAUCCAGGAAACUGAUGGUACAGUGGUUGGAUCAUGUCCUGAGUAUGGAAGAAGAACAUGUAAUCGAACUAGGACUUGUACUUGUUCCGUUAAUAUUGGAGAAAAACAAUGCAUCGG